AUGUCCAAAUCAAGGCCAAUCAGUGCAACUGACCACAACAACAAAGGCUGGGUUGUUGUCGACUGGACCCAGGUGCGACUUGAGGCCAAGAGAGUGGAGAGGGAGAAGGCCAAGGCUGAGAAGGCAGAAUGUGAAGCCAAAGAGGAGAGGGCAUGCAAGGAGGAGAGGAGGUGCAGGGCUGAGGAGGAAAAGGAGGCUGAGAGAAAAUGUAAGGUCGAGGCUGAGAGAGGUGAUGAAACUGGGGCCAGUAGUAGUGAGGCCAGUGGGGUGAAAAAGGUGGUCAUGGACCCUGGUUGUACCUGCUGCACCCAGGCAAAGACCAUCUGCGAGUUCCUUGUGGAUAGUAAUAAGAAGUGGGUUGCCUGCAUAUGGUGCAACCAGUCAAAGGGCAAGUGUUGGUGGCCUGGAGAUGGGAAGGGUACCAAGGUUGGUCCCAAGGCCACUACCAAGGUCAACAAGGGGAAGAAGUGA